AUGCUCUGUUCCUCCUUCAUCAAGGAACGCAUGUACAUUGGUGAGGCCACUGUCGCCACCUUGUGCGGAGUCAUCUUCGGCCCUCAUGCCGCCAACCUCAUCAACCCCAAUAACUGGGGGUCGACCGACAUCGUCACCAUCGAGUUUUCCCGUAUCGUUCUCGUCGUCCAGUGUUUUGCCGUCGGUGUAGAAUUGCCCAAGUUCUAUAUGGAACGGCACUGGCGAUCCGUCAUCUACCUGCUUAUCCCUGUCAUGACCUUCGGCUGGCUCAUCGUGAGCCUGUUCAUCUGGUGGAUGAUCCCCGCCUUCAACUGGUUGGAUAGUUUGGUGGUUGCCGCGUGUGUCACGGCCACGGAUCCCGUUCUUGCUUCCUCCGUCGUCGGAAAGGGUAAAUUCGCCAAGCGGGUGCCGAAGCAUCUCCGAGAUUUGCUCUCUGCUGAAUCUGGGUGCAAUGACGGCAUGGCAUUCCCCUUCAUCUACCUGUCUAUUUAUCUGAUCCAGUACCAUCGCAAUGCUGGCGAGGUCACUCUCCACUUUGUCUGUUACACCAUCCUGUACGAGUGUGUGUUUGGAGCUGUAUAUGGUUUCCUCAUUGGUUACAUCGCCCGCCAUGGCAUCAAGUUCGCAGAGAAGCGCGACUUGAUUGAUCGGGAGAGUUUUCUCGUCUUUUACUUUGUUGUUGCUCUCUUCUGUGCCGGCUCUGGUAGUAUCCUUGGCGUGGACGACUUGCUCGUUGGCUUUGCUGCUGGAGUUGGCUUCUCCAACGAUGGAUGGUUCGGAGAGAAGACCGAAGAGUCCCAUGUUUCCAACGUCAUUGAUUUGUUGAUUAACUUGACGUACUUUGUCUAUCUCGGUACCAUUAUUCCCUGGGAACAGUACAAUAGCGGUGUCAUGGGUCUUACCGUUUGGCGCCUUGUCGUAAUAUCCGUUUUCGUCAUCUUCUUCCGGCGCAUCCCCAUCAUGUUAGCCUUGAAACCGCUAAUACCCGAUAUCAGAACUUGGCGCGAGGCUCUUUUCGCCGGUCAUUUUGGGCCUAUUGGUGUCGGUGCCAUUUUCAUUGCUAUUCUCGCACGAGCAGAGCUGGAGACCGGAGAGCCGGUACCGCUAGCAAUUCUUCCGGAACCCGAUGCACCAGAGUUCGACUUGAUCUACCUUGUUUGGCCCAUAACCACUUUUAUGGUUAUAUCUUCUAUUCUCGUACACGGCUCCUCUAUUGCAGUGUUUACACUGGGCAAGAGAAUCAACACGCUCACCCUGACCAUGUCCUACACCGCAGCUCCCGAGGACGGACCUACUUGGAUGAACAGACUCCCCCGAAUUUCCUCAAUGUCGCGAUCUCAGGGUAAGAUGUCUGAGGCCUCAUUUGACGAAAAGGAGACAGAUCCUACUGGGGACACUCUCGCACCACCCGAGGGCUUCCUCCGACGCCUCAGAGAAGACCAGAGCCGUCAAGGAAGCCGAGCUUCUUCGCUUGUCUCUAGGCGGCGCAAGUCGAGGAAAGACGACGGCGCAGGUGGCCCCAUCAGCCAAUCAGCCAUCUUCCCAAGCCGAGAAACCACCACAACUGGAUCUGAUGCCCAGAAAGACCAAGAACCCAAGGACACUGUUGAUAACUCGCCCGCUAGUGAUAGCAUCGAUGAGAUCAAGGCUGAAGGUUCCGAAGAGCGCAUCAGGUCACCAGAGCCAGCUGUCACCACACCCCGCAUCCAAGUCUACGAAGAGGGUAGCGAUCUGGUGUUUGAAAAUCAGGAUGGAGAGGUGCUGGAUGUUCAGUCAAGUCCACGGGAGGAUGAAACAGGCUUGCCAUCUCCCGUUACUGCGGCUCUGCGAUCUCCCAACAAACCAUGGUCUUUGGGUGGUAUGAGACAGAGGGUCAGCGAUAUGUACUCGACAGAGAAGGAAAAGCGAAAAGAAAAGGGCAAAUCUCGAAAGCAUGAGCCAGCACGAGCCUAUCAGUUUGGCAAUACGGUAAGUUGAAUGAAUGACCGAGACAGAGAGGUUUGAUGGGUGCUAAUAUAUGUGAAAUUUUUAGAUUAUUGUCGAGGACGAGGAUGGUGAAGUCGUCAAGACAUACGAGAUUCCCUCACAGAAGCCAGAAGGCCAGGCGGAUGUCUUCAACACCAGUCUCAAGUAUAUGGGCUUGGGCGGUCUUGCCAAGGCGGAGGGUGAAUCUUCCGCACAAGCUGCCCAGGCAGGAACCAGCGCUCCAGCCGCUGGAGGCAGUGGCUGGACGAGCAUACUCGGUGGUGCUGGCCGUCGCAAGAACGUUGUUUCCCAGGAGAGCCAGGACGACGAUGCUGAUGAUGACCGUAAGAUCCGCUUUACCAUCGGAGGUGUUGGUAAGCGCAUGACCAAGGAGGACUUUAUCCGUGAGGUCCAGAACCUUGAUGCCAACACUCGCCGAGAAGUGGUGAACAAUUCUUCUGCUUCCCAAGAGGUUAAGAGUAUUGCCAAAGAAGAGAGAGCAGAGCAGCCAAGUGGUCCAGUUAAGGUUUCUGAGCCCAGUACGGAUGCCAAGGCCCCGGCUUCACCGCCCAAAACGUCCCCUCACAAGACGCAACCAUCCGAAGAGCAGGGCGAAAGUGCGGCAGAGCGAAAACGAAGAUUGGCCGUUUUGGCCACACAGGGCGAUGAUGAUGAUGGCGACGACUACGAAACGCCUGCAGAGCGCAGACGGCGAGAGGCCGCACUUGGAAUGGCCGACGAAGACAGCGAUGAGGAAGAGAGGGGACGAGCCACACCGGCUAGGAUCCGCUUCGCCGAGCCCCAGCGUGAGAAAAAGUGAAACAUUUGAUUUCCCCCCCUUGUUGAGACAUUUGUUAUAAGCAUAUUUUGCGAUUGGUACCAUCUAUGCAUGCAUCACACAGACAUAUAGGUUUUGAUAUCAAAGUCAUAGAAAAAGAGGUGGAUCCAAUCUUAUAUCUGCCAGAGGCGUACAUUGAAUUGAUUUAAUUGGGAAGAGUUUGCUAAGAAGGGGGUCACAAUGUAGGCAAGCCAUAUUUGCGCGAACUACUAUAGAUAUCAAACCUCAUACUCUCAAGAUAAUUUAACCAGCCUGCAUUUCUUUUGAACCUUACUAUACAGCUUGGGAUAUCGAUCCCAAAGAGCCAGAGUUGACAAAGCGCGUCCUCGGGACCUACACCCUUGAAGAUGGCAGAGAGAUAUUACAAGCGACAGGCCAUACUGAAUACUUCAUGGGGCUCGGAGGUCAUAUCAGAGACAAAAAACUUUGGCACUACGCAUGGCAUCAAGCUUGGUUCAAAGCCGCAAUGACGUCUUCCACUAACCGAUCAAGCAGCACGCCCAAGCCCUCAAAAGUAGAGAACCCAUUCGCUCUACCUAGUUCUCCACCACCGGUGACGGGGAAAAGAAAGAUUUGGCCGAAAGACGAGGAGUCAGAUGGCGUUUUUAAAAUGCCUAAAACUUCUGCAUCUAUGACCAAGCCCGGCUUCGUGUUCCAAUAUUCGACCAGUCAGACACCACCUCACCAGUCUCGUCUACUUUGCCUACUGCAGCGCUUGGCCUUUCUGGUACUAACUCAAACUCCAAGGCCAAAGAACUUGGAACAGUUCAGAGACAUCAAGUUAUGGGCUUAGAUGGACCAUCAGUGGGCGAGAACAUCCAGGUAGGAGGGCUGUUUGCAUCAGCAACAUCAACCGUCACGACCGAGGAUGCAAACCCAGCAGUUCCUCUGUUUGAGGAUGGGGCUGGCACGCGAAAGCUGCCAGACUUCAACGAUAGCCCGCCGAUACACAAGAGUCUCGUGAGCUGCUGGGAAGAUUUAUCAAAAUCCAAAUACUGGGUCAAAUCCCAAUUGGUGACUGCUCCUUUCGAAAUCAGACUGCCAGACGCCAAGAUCACAAACCAACUAUUACAACCUGGUCGAAUUGUCAUGACUAGGCAUUCGGACCUGUUCCAAAUUGAGCGUCGCGGUGCCAAAGAUGACGAUCUCUACCUUGGGAUCAACCUGUCUCAACAGUUCACCGGUAAACUCUCCAAGGACCAGAUGGACAUCCUGAGAGAUACGUGGAAGUGCAUCGCCAGAUGGGUGACUGUUGUAUAUCAGGGCGGAGGAAUCGAAUUUACAAAAUGGUGUUUCCUGUGGUCAAGGAAUCUGUGCUCUCUGAUGAUGAGUAGCGCUUCGGAACAGGAGACAUGGGCAUGGCUGGAAAGAAAGGAGAGGACCACUUCCCUCGAGGUAGUCUUGAGCUUGCCUCGAGAAUCUGACUGCCAAUUCGGAAAAGAAUUUUCGGAGAAGAUAUCGGCGAUCAUAAACCAACAUAAAAGUUCUGACGACAAUGAAGGAUUGUUGCAAGCGGUGAGCUCGGCGGUACUCGCAGAAAGAGCCCUGUUCAAUGCUUGGAGUCGCUUUCUACAGGCUGUUAUGAUUGCUGUCUACUCCAUCGCUACAAGCAAGUCUGAGACAGACUCGUUCUCUGAAGCUCACCAUCUUCUUGUUUUGAUCCGGGAGGGGGACCACAUCCUGAAUGUGAUGUAG